UGCGUAAUUGGGUCCUAAUGAAUUGCAGGUGCGCCUCUAUAAAUGCUUGUAACGAAGGGAAAUGUUGUAGUCCUUUUUAAUCAUCCGUUUAAAGCCCUGCUAAAGAUGAAAGUGUCUGGGGUGCCUGGAAGGUCUUACCGCGAUGGGAGGAGGAGAUCAGUUCUACGGAGACGUUCCGCGUCCAUUUAUAGGAAUCAGGACGAGCUCAAUUUUGCACGGGAGUUGAAUUUUCCACGACGUCAACCUGUGUACAUGCUGCACAGAGUGGGGAACGAGGCCGCGCGUCUUGCCGUUUCAAACAGGCGAAGGGUCAUCACCCAUCAUGAGGUUCUAGCUGCCAUGUUCGCCAUUUUUAGUGCUGCUGCCCGGGCCCGUUACCAGUUUGUCGGCGUUUCUGAUGGUGGUUAACACGGACGUUGGAUGAUUUUAACAUGUGGACAUAUUUUACGAAGAGAAACGAAUAAUAAAAAUGUUUUAAUAAUUUUACGACUGGAGUUUUCUGUUGGAAGUGGAUGACCUUCAUAAAAACCAAUCCUGGUGGUUUAAGUGUUCAUUUCCUCUGCGUAUUAACUCGUCAAGCUAAUUAAAUUGGGUUAGUGAAUUUUGGAGUUUACAAUUAACCAAGUGUGCAAUUCCUUGUCACUUGUUGAUCAUGAUUCAUUGCAUCCAUCCCGCGCCGGUUUGAAUAGUCCCUGAUCUCCACCUGUGACGCUCUUUAGUAUCCAUGGGCGUUGCGUUGGUAAGGAGGAUGUGUGCGCAUCAGCAUCGAUGACUGCUGCAGUGGAGCUCGCGUGUAGUACGUAGUAGCCUAAAGCCGCUACCGAGCUGUUUAGGUGGAGGUUGAGCCGGGUCUCAGUCAGGAGUAGGCAGUUCCACUUUUUAAAAAGCGGUGGUAGAAAUGGUCAAAGGAUUCAGGCAAGAAACGCCCUGAAUUUUGGCCGGAGAAAGAGAGAUAAGUAAGGCAUUCACCAUGGGCUGUGGAACUUCCAUUGCAGUUGAAAACCAAGGAAAGCCAUCUGAAACAGAUGUGUCCUCCAGGAAUCCCAGCCCAGCAUUAACUAUGAAAGCAGCUGUUCUGAUCCAGCGUUGGUACAGGCGCUACACGGCCCGUCUGGAGAUGAGGCGCAGGUACACCUGGAACAUCUUCCAGUCCAUCGAGUACGCAGGGGAGCAAGACCAACUACAGCUUUCGGGCUUUUUCAGUUUCAUGUUGGACAACUUCACACACCUCAGUGGAAAUGGUCCUGAUUUGAUCUCGCACCUCUUGGAUUCUGUGGUCGAGCCCUGGACAGAAGAGGGGAGACAAGCGAAGUACGAGCAGAUCACCGUGCCGGACUCCUACACUGGACCCCGCCUGUCCUUCCCUCUUAGUGUUUCAGACACCAACAGCCUGCUCAGUGCCUUCAAGGAGCAACAGACUUUGCAUGCCAGAUAUGUCUUGCAACUGUUGCACGAGACCAAGAAGUUUCUGAAGCAGAUGCCAAAUGUUAUUUACUUAUCCACCUCUUAUGCCAAGGAGAUCACAAUCUGUGGUGAUUUGCAUGGAAGACUAGAUGAUUUAUUGCUUAUAUUCUACAAGAAUGGCCUUCCAUCAGCUGAAAAUCCCUAUGUAUUUAACGGGGACUUUGUUGACAGAGGGAAAAAGUCAAUGGAAAUUGUUAUCAUACUAUUUGCAUUCUUGCUCUUGUAUCCUGAUCAUAUGCAUCUGAACAGAGGAAAUCACGAGGACCAUAUUAUGAACCUGAGAUAUGGAUUUACCAAGGAGGUCAUGCAGAAGUACAAGACUCACGGCAGAGACAUCUUACAAGUCCUGCAAGAUGUUUUCAGCCUGCUUCCUGUAGCCACAGUGAUUGAUAAUAAGGUGCUCAUUGUCCAUGGUGGUAUUUCAGACAAGACUGACCUGGAUUUCCUCAGCUCCAUAGAGAGGGACAAGGUGAAGUCGGCCCUCCGGCUGCCCAAGCGAAGCGUGGAGGUGGUGGACCCUCGGGGCGGGUCCAGGAGCGGCAGGCAGGGUUGGGCCCAUCUGGAUAGCCCAUGCUCCCGGAGUCGCGCCCGGAAGAGGAAGUGCCAUCUGUCCAAGCAGGGCAGCUGCUCUUCCACCUCCUCGUCCUCUUCCUCCUCGUCGCUCUGCUCGCCGCGCCUCGCCUCUCGACACACUCCGCAGCGCCACGCCAUGUCCCCCGCGCUGCCCAGUCCCUCUGACGGCCUCCAGGUGCCCUUCCUGGACUCGUUUGUGUCCAUCGCCCCCCCAGAGCCCUCCAGGGAAGAGCUGGAGUGGAGACAGAUUGUAGAUAUCCUCUGGAGUGACCCUAAGAGCCAGAGUGGCUGCACUGCCAACAGCUUCCGGGGCGGCGGCUGCUACUUUGGGCCCGAUGUGACUCGGAACCUUCUGGAAAAACACGGAAUGACCCUGCUGAUCCGCUCACACGAGUGCAAGCAGGAGGGCUACGAACUCUGUCACGAUGGGCAGGUGAUUACGAUUUUCUCGGCGUCUAACUACUAUGAGGAGGGCAGUAACCGUGGGGCGUACGUGAAACUGGGCUCGGAGUUGGUGCCACGCUUCUUUCAGUACCAGGUGAGCCGCAGCACCAGGAAGCUCACCCUGCAGCAAAGGGUGAGUGUGGCUGAAGGAUCUGCCCUGAAGGCUCUGCAGGAGAAGCUGUUUGCCCAUCGCUCUGAGCUUAUGGCUGUCUUCCAGCAGUAUGACACAAAUAACACCGGCUGCAUCUCGGUCAGUGACUGGGCACAGGUGGUGGAGUCGGUGCUGAGACUGGACCUGCCCUGGAGGACCCUCAGGCCCCGGCUGACCCGGCUGGCCCACGAUGGCAGCGUGGAGUACAGGUCCUGCUUUGAGGACGUCAGCCCUGGACAGCCAGUUCCUCAGGUUGCUCCUAAUUUGGCAGAAACGCUCUAUAGGUAUCGAACUGAUCUGGAGAUCAUAUUCAAUAUCAUAGAUAAGGAUCAUUCUGGUCUCAUUUCCAUUGAAGAAUUCCGUCAGACCUGGAAGCUGUUCAGCACUCACCUGGGCGUAGCUGUGAACGAAGAGGCCAUUGAUGACAUGGCGCGCAGCAUCGACUUCAACAAGGACGGCAGCAUAGACUUCACGGAGUUCCUGGAGGCCUUCCGUGUGGUGCACAAACUGGACGUGAAGGAUCAGCAGCAGGGCUGAGGCAGCCAUGUUGGCUCUGUCUGGGCUGUAGAGAGCAGCCAUGUUGGCUCCAUCUGUCUGGCCUGUAGAGAGCAGCCAUGUUGGCUCCAUCUGUCUAGGCUGUAGAGAGAAGCCUGCCGCUUGCUAGUGCUCCUUAAUGCAUGUUCAUCUGAGACUGGUGGAUCAGGGGGUGUGUGGAGCUGAAGUCCACACAUCUUCAGCAGUAGAGGCAGUGAACUCUGAAUAAUAGGCAUUACUUUACAUCUGUGAACUGCCUCAGCAGUAAAGGCAGUGAACUCUGAAUAAUACAGACAUGGCUUUAUCUAUGAACAUCGCCAUUUUGUUCUCUUGGCUGGUCUUGGUUUGUUUACAUCUUUGAGAAGAUAUAGAAAUCCAUAAUAUGAUGGUAUUAUUGAAUUAUACCCAAAGUGUUCAUCCCUUUUGACCAUUUAAGGCUGCAUUGUUUUUGUUGCAUGUGCCUUAUUAUCCCAGGGGUGCCUGCUGGGGUCCGCUCCUGUUAUGGAGUAUUCCACUGGAGUGCACAGCCGCAGAGACCAGUGGGCUAUACUACGAAUCUCGAUUUGUGGGUUAGCGAGGUAUGUUGCGCUUAAAGCCAGGGUAUGCUGUGACACGAAAGUGGCUCUGUUUUAGCGUCGCUGUAUCAACAUGGUGUCUUAUGCUGUCAACCAAACCUGGUCGGGAGUAGGUUAUGUGCUAAGUUAUAGCUCAAAUCGUGUAAA